GCUCCCGUAAGUGACAUCCCAGCCCCGCCCCUCAGGACAAAGGCGCGCGCGCCUCCUCCGCCGCCCGCGUCUCCUCGAGCCGAGUUCGACACCGAGCCCCGCUCAGGGUCUCUCCUCGCCCCCCACCGCCUUCCCUGGUGACUCGACUUAAACCCACCGCGCCCCAUGGCUUCCAAAGUGGCAAUGUCGAAUCCGCACGAGGACUUCCCGGCGUGGCUCGCCUCGCAGGGCAUGAAGCUCAAGUUCGCCGAGGCAAUGGAGCGCGACCUGGGCAUCACCGACUACGAGGAGCUUCUGGCGUGCGCCGAGGAUGCGCAGGUGACGGCCGAGCUGUUCCGCUUUGCUCGCGAGAAGCUGCCGUUCGCGCACUACGCCGUGCUGCGCCGCAUCGUGUCCGGCGUGGUGAUGACGGCGCGUGGUGCCGGCAAGCGGCCGCGCCGCGGUCGUGUCGGCGGCCAGGGGCAGUUCUCGCCGCAGUCGGCGAUCGCCGUGGUGCUCGAGGCCAUCGUGGCGACGCUCAACAGCCUGAGCCAGGAGCUGCUUGAAUCGGCCAAGAGGUUCACCUUCCUGGAUCCGGCGAACCAUGGAGGUCUCCUGAACGACGACGACGAUGACGACGAUGAUGAUGGCCCGGUGGACGGUGACGAGGUGUACCUGCCUGACGAUGAAGAUGAGGGCACGGCGAUGGCGGGGGCCGAGUGGGACGAGGAGAACGCGUGGACGGACGGGAGCCCCAACACAGAUGCUGCCACCGCUGCACUGGGGGUGGAGUCUCGUGCCGUUGCCGCUCGCGCCGCCCGUGACCCCGCCGGACAGCAAGCGACGGGGAUGUCGUGGCGACGCAUCAAGACUGAGGCCGCGUGGAAAGAAGAGGCAGAGGCAGAGGCCGGGAGUCCCAUGGUGGACGACGCCGCUGCCGUCGCCACCGCCACCGACGACGACCCUGAUGCCGCCGACAUGGCCGGCGGCAGUGGCUACCGCUUCCUGCCGAGGAGGGUCAAGAGCGAAGCCUUCCCAGGCGAAGACGACGAGCAAGGCGUGUCGGACGACGGUUACCACUGGGGCGGGGGCUCCCAGCCCGGGCUCGCCAUGCCGCAGCAGAACGCAGACGGCCAUGGCCCCCGCCGCGCCACCUCCUUCGCCGACAACGCCGCCUCGUCGCGCCGCCGCCGCCAGCAGUCGCGACCCGCUCACCGCGGCGGCAAAACGGACAAGAGCAAAACGCUGGAGGAACUCAUCAUGGCCGUGAAGGGCGGUGGCUCAUCGCAGCAGCAGCAACAGCAGCAUCAGCAGCAGCAGCAGCAGCACAGCCCGAGCCAGGCGGCGGGCGGCGGCGACGGCGACGAGGUGGUUGGCGUAUGGUGGAAGCCGUCGGCCGACAAGCCGUACCACUGCCAGGACUGCGGCAAGACGUUCACGCAGAGCGCGCAGCUCAACAUGCACCGGCGCAUCCACACGGGCGAGCGACCGUACAAGUGCGGCUUCUGCGGCAAGGCGUUCACGCAGUCGGCACACCUGGCGCAGCACCGGCGCACGCACACGGGCGAGCGGCCGUACAAGUGCGGCGAGUGCGGCCGCGCCUUCAUCACCUCGUCGCACCUGUCGCGGCACCGCAAGGUGCACAUCGCCGCCUUGGACCUCGCCGGGGUGCCGGCGCCGGCCAACGAUGACGCGCUUUGAGCCGGCGGCGGGGGGGCGCUUCUUGGAGUUUGCAGCGCGAGCAAAUGGAGCGGUCCUCAGCGCGUGUUUGUUGCGGGCGGGCGGGCGAGUAAGAGGGGGGGAAUGUGAGUUGUUCCGCUUGAGCUGGUGCUGCUGGGAGACGGGAGAUGUUUUAACCGUGUGUCUUUUGUGGUCAGGAGUGUAAUGAUUCCUGGAUUUAAACAUUUGUUAACCGCUAGCAACCACGUGCGUUGCUUUACUGUUUGCACGCUCGUUUUAUGCGACGCCUUGGGGAAAAAGGGCCCUUAUCCAGGAGCAGAUUGAUUUUAGGGCUGUACCAGAGGGCGGAGGGGUGGGGAUGGGAAAAGCUCCCCUCUCCCACCCGACAAUAUAAUUAUUAAAUGAUUAAUUUCCCACCAUCCUGUGCACGGCACAGGAUGGUUGGAAUAUAUAUGUUCCUAUAUAUGUAAAUGUUGAACUUUUUUCGCACCCUACGUAGCCAACCACGCUAAUCGGAGUUGGGAGUGUGUUGGCGACCGCCUGUGGAAAUUGGGCUCAAUGUAAGUACAAAGCCUUGCGCGUUACUGCUAGGAUAAGCCCGAUGUCAACUGCUAGGAUAUUUAAAAACACGAGACAAAAUGAGAUUAUACAAACGGCGAGAAUCUCCGGCAGAUCGAAUCGCCACGGAAUUGGCCCAGGGGACAAUUCGUUUUUUAUCGUGACGUGGAUUCGUUCCGUGCCUAUGAAGCUCCACGCCUGUAGGCCCCCCCCCCCCUCCCGAGGUUGGUGGCGGUUGUGAGAUUCCCAACCGGAGAGGUUGAGGGGGUGGCCAGUCGCUGGCAGUGCGCGAAGCAGAUUGCUGAUGAGUCUUGUCUGUUUGAGAGGGGGGUUUUCCCUUUUGUGAGGGUUUUCUCCAGGUACUCCAGUUUCCUCUUGGGUGGGUGUGUGUCUCAUCGGUAUAUAAGUAGGUAAUGGGUUUGUUUAACUACUCGGUAAAGUGAUACUUAAUCACUUAUGGGCUUUUGAACUGGGAAUCAUUUAUCCGAUGACGGAUUGGCCGAUGGAUUCCGCUCUUUUGGCGACUAUUCAAACCACUUACCUACUACUGUACGUUGUUACCGUGGGCUGGAAUGGUAAAAACAAAUAUCUUUUUAUUUUCUGUAUCGUUAUAAUAGAAAGAAUGUGUACCCUAUGUGAAAAUAUUUGUAAUUGUAUAUCUUUUAGUUGUACGAGGGAUUUAAUUCAGUUAAUUUUUUUUACGAAUCGUGGGGUGUGGUUGGGGGGGUCUGAGAACCAUGGCGCCCAGGGUCUUGCCAGAUCGCGAAAUCAUUAUGCCUAUGUCAAAGUCCGUUUUUGAACUUUCACACCGAUCCACAAAUGUAUUCGCUCCACUUAAAAGUCUUGCUGGGGAAUAAGGAAAGUUAAAACAAGCUUUCCCGACGCAAAUGAAAUACUUUUGUAUAUUUUGUUAUGACCAUCACGUUGACUGGAUUUGGUGUGUCCAGUUGCACUGGUGUAAUGAAAGCUUAAUCUGUCGUAACUUAAGCACGUUGGGACACUCCACAAAUCGGGAGUGUCCUCAACACAACCCUACGUGGAUUUAUAUCGCUGCCCCCGUGUGAGCGGGGAGGGGCUUGCGGGGGACCGCUAAAAUUUGAGAGGAAACAAUAUAAAUGAAAGUCGCACCCUCCCCGAAAGCUCGAGACUUAAGUGGUCAAAGUCGUGCUGUGAUCUGCCGUUAGCUGCGUUUAGUACUGUACUGUAACAAAGUCCCUAACUGCACCACUGCUCCACCACCACCACCUCCAGGCCAAUUUUAUCUGUAUAAGAAUAACAGGGUAUGCCAUGGCAUACCUCUGAAUUAUGCCUGUAUUUCAGUGGUGUGCUGUAUUAUUGUAAAAUAAUAGUUUUUAUUUGAUUAACUGACCACAUUGCAUAUCCCAAUUCUACAGUAUGAAUGGUUCACAGUUGGUGUGGUGUCUUUACAGUGAUGAACCAAAUACACUGCACCUGUUCUUAGCAUUGCCGUAUGCUGCCUCCAUCUGUAAGUCCAUUGCCUUCUGGCUGUGCUCGCCUCCAAAAACACCCACUCUGCCGGGGGUGUGUGAGAACAUUUUCUUGGGCACUGCAAAUGAUGAUGGUGCUGAGUUUUUGUGCGACCCCCGAUUAACGUGCUUGUUGAAGCCUUUAAGAAACGGUGGCCGAGGAUUGGGACUGGACGGUGAAACAGAAGAAAAUAGAGUUGAAGAUUGGACAGGGGGUGCAGGAGGGUUGAACUGAGCAUUUGUCAUCGGGCAGAGAACGAAAGAAAAGGUGCGAAUUAAGAUGCUUGAAAUUACACAAACAGAGGAGCCACAUGGAUUUGAAGACAUUCGCGGGUUAAGAAAUAUGUUGACCUACGAAGAGUAAAUUUCGAUUUAAAGCUUUCGUGACUGCAGGGAUUCAUCUUCUUGGUUCUUUCGGUAAAGUCACGUAGAAGGGAAAUAAUAAAAUAAUAAAAAAUAAAACAUAAACUAAUUCUCACGAUGUUUCGGCCACAACGCAAGCAGCCGUCCUCAGGUGAAGAACAGGGCUGUUGGAAAGACAGCGUCUGAAUUCAUACGCUGUCUUUCCGACAGACCUGUUCUUCACCUGAGGACGGCUGCUUGCGUUGUGGCCGAAACGUCGCGAGAAUAAUUAAAUUGGUUAAUGUAUAUUAUUUUAUUAUUUCCCUUCUACGUGACUUUACCGAAAGAACCAAGAAGACUACGAAGAGUACGUUGAAUUGGGCCAUGAUGCAUCGCUGGAGAGGUGGUGGACCACUGGUCCAGAACUAUAGAUUGUGCUGCAUUGCCCUCUGCCGCCCUCACAACGUUGCCACGCAGCAAGCACACUCCUGGAGUUCAUUGUGCGGUGGGUUGCCCUUCCAAGCGCCAUGCAGGCUGCUUCUGCGACCCUUCACUUGAGAGGUCCCCGUGGAGAUGGGACGCGUUCUUGGUGAUAUGGUCACGUGCUGUGACACUGACGACUACGGACAAUUGUGAAAUUCAGAAGAGCAGAACUUGGUUUAAAAAUGGGACAUUGGGCUUGUAGCUUGAAAUGGGAAAGACCAAGGUUGAGAUCUUGAGAUGCGUCUUUACAGGAAGUUUCGGGGAUGUCACACACCGGGGCUUCCUGCAUUGUCGGUGAAGAUAAACACGAGAAGUGUGAUCAACGCUGGAAUGGACUUGUCGGAGCGUUUUUGUUACUGAAACAGCCACAGCAGCGUAAAUGCGGCCCGAUUUAACUGUCCCGUUAAAAAAAAAUCGUUUCCAGAUAAUAGCAGGUCUAAAUAUGAUGUUAUUUGUUACGGUUAACGACUGCCAAAGGUUCAUUGCUUCGGCUCACCGGUGAAGUUUGUGGUAACACAAUGUAAUCGGUAGUUAAGUCUUAUGUGCAUGCUGCUGCGUGGGGGAGCUUUUCAAAUGCAACGUUAACAUUGACGUCUAACUACCAAACUGUGUAUUUAAUAAAGUAGAUGAUAAAACGAUUAAUUUGCUUAAUUCACAAUAAAGGCAGAGGUUUUGUAUUUAAUCCUGUAAGUCAUGGACAUACGGUUCUACGGUGAUCUGUAUUUUGAAGGCUUUGUUGAUAAUAAAUGAUUGA